GUUUGACAGCACUUAAAUGUUCCCCAUCCCAUAGUAAAUACAAACGGUGCUAAUCACGACAGUCAAAAACAGCUGACAAUGAAUAAAAACUAAAAUAUUUCACAAAUCGGAAUAAACUUGAUUCCACACCAAAGAAAUAAUGUUUGUCACGAAAAUAAUUCAACGUUCUUUCUACACAGUCCCAACUAAAUACGUCCGCCGCAAAGCAAAUCCUGGCAUCGGAAUACAAACACAAGUUUUUCGAAGAGAAGGCAUUUAUGACCGAAAUGAAAAUUUGGAGGACGAUUUCGAUGAUUUAGAAACCGAUUUUAUGCAAGUAAAUAAGACACAUAAACAACAUGAGCGUGAAAUGCUAGAACACAAGGAUCAGAUACGUUCAUGGGUGGUAAAGAAUAAAUAUUUCAAACAAAAACAACCCAACUUCCUAACCUACACGGAAAAGGAACAAAUAAAGUUGUUACACUCCCGGGAUUCUCAGGAAUGGACUGUUGAAAGAUUAGUAGAAAGUUUCCCAGCUACACCGGAAAUUAUACAUAAAAUCAUUCGAUCAAAAUGGAUUCCAAGAUCAGCAAAAAGAAUAAAAGAUCAUGACGAAAGUGUGAUUAGAAACUGGGAAAGUUUUAAGAAGGGCGAAUUUCCCCAGAUCGACCGCCACUUAAAAGAGCAUCUAAUGAAGUUUUCGGCUAGAAAGAAGGAAGAUGUAGAAAAUCUUGCUACAGGUUGGUCCCCACGAGAGCCACUACCAAGGCCGAAAAGAACAGAUUUUUUGAGUUUAAUUACAAGUUGCAAGGGUUAUGCCGACAAGGAGCCCGAGCCCUCACAGACAAUGCUUACCGAUCCAAGGAGCAAACAUUUAUCUAAGCUUCCCUCAGCUGAUGAUGAAGAAACCUACCUUACGGAUAAGAUCAAAGAUAAACGAACCAUGCGUCUGCAUGAACUAAAAACUUUGAAGCUCAGAGGUGAGGAUGCAACAUCGGUUGUUCGCUUCGACAACCCAAGUGGAACAGGCAUCGUCUCAACGGAAAAACAAUUUUCUUUAGAAAGAUAUGCCACCAAUGAAAUUGUUGUUAGCAGCGAAGACAUGCGGAAAUACGAAAUGACUAAAGUCAAGGACAAAAUCUACAUUCCGAGAAAGCUAAGGAAAAAAGGAGCCACUUACAAAGUGGAAGACUGCUACUAUGAUGAUGAUGGAGAGCUAUUGUAUCGAGUACCUGGCAUGACGGGAUUGGGUAGGAAAUAGUUUAUUUUUGUUUUGUUUUUGAUGAAAAAAUAAAAAGUUACGAAAUAUUUAUCAACAUUAAA